ACCUACCUUCCUCAAGCUCUCCCUGCCCUUGCCUUGCUGCUCCACAAUUCCACAUCACUGGCUGGCUGCUCUGGUAGUGCUGUGCGCGCGAGCUAGGUAGAGCAGGAGAGUGUUCGAGUUCACGUGCUCGUGCUUCGAUCGAUGUCCAUGGCGACGUACGAGCAGGUGAUGGAUGACCUGGCCAAGGGGCAGGAGUUCGCGACGCAGCUGCAGGGCCUCCUCCGGGACUCCCCCAAGGCCGGCCACAUCAUGGACCAGAUCCUCCACACCUUCUCCCGCGCCAUCCACGCCGCCAAGGCCGCGGCCGCGGCCAGCGCCAGUGCCGGCGAGAGCGAGGUCACCGAUGGCGCAAGCAGCGGCGGGAAGAGGAAGUCCAUCGCCGGUGGAGGACCGCGCAAGGCCUGUCGGACAAGGACCCAGGAUUCGUCCGUCGUCACGAAGAACAUGAAGAGCUUGGAGGACGGGCAGACAUGGCGCAAGUACGGGCAGAAGGAGAUACAGAACUCCAAGCACUCAAAGGCCUACUUCCGGUGCACGCACAAGUACGACCAGCAGUGCAUGGCGCGGCGGCAGGCCCAGCGCUGCGACGACGACCCGGACACGUUCAAGGUCACCUACAUCGGCGUGCACACCUGCCGGGACCCCGCCGCCGCCAUGGCGCCGCAUGCUCCUCACCUGACCGGCACCGCGGCCGGCUGCCGCCUCAUCAGCUUCGCGCCGGCCGUUGUUCAUGGCGCCAGCACCAGCACGACCACAACGAACACCAACCUGGUCGACGAGGACGCCGCGACGGGGUCCGGCCUGCAGCUGUCGGGCCUGAAGCUUGAGGGCGGCGACCUGGAGGAGGUGCUGAGCAGCCGCACCCCCGUGAGCUCUGCCCUGUACGGCGCAGCGGCGGCGGCGGCGGCUUGGCCUGACCAGGGCGACGUCACGUCCACCCUGCAGUACGGUGGUGCCGGUGCCUUUGAACAGCUCUUUGAUCUCGAUGGUUACCCGUAUCUCGAGGACCUCCUGCCGUACGAUCUCGACCAUUGAUCGGUCGAGCUGUGGAUCGGGAGGAUCGACCGAUCGACUCGACGCGUAUAUAUAUAUAUAUAUAUAUAUAUAUAUGCAAAUAAUGGUCGCGCGGAUCUCCGGUCUUCCUGAUUGCGCGUCGUAGUUUUAGUUUGUACAUUUCUUUUCUGCGUAGUGUCAGGUAGAAGCUGCAUCUUUGCUACUAUUGUGCUACACGCAUGUGUACGUGGAUUAUGUUGAGAGCGGUGUUUUGGCUCGUUAGCCUUUUAGCCGAGCCGAGACUUUUGAUUCUCCCAAGUGGCUGAGAAAUGAACAGGAAAAAAAUGGCUGAGAUGUGAAAAAAGUUCAGUAUAUUUUGCA